AUGGCAGCCAGGCAUGUGUCGGCCUCUAGUACCAUAAGCUCGGGUAGCACCAGCAAUCUGCUAAUGUCUGGUGCUCCCGUGCCCAGCAUGACGCAGCCUGAGCUUGAUGCGAUUCUUCACUACACUCUUAAGGUCAUUUUGAUCGAAUACAUUAACGAGCCCAGGUUCAAAAUCAGGGCAGUAAAGCCAAGGGGUCCUGUCAGAACCGCUAGCAAGAGUACGAAGGAGAAGAGGAACAAACGGUCAUCUUGGCUUUUUUCAGAUGAUGGAGCAAGAAAGGAUCAGGCAGAGGCAAAGCAGCUUCAAAAAUUGACACCUACGCUCGAAAACUACCUCAGGAUGGUGGCAAUAGACAAGAUUAAAGUGAAACAAACGCAACUACGACGCAGUCUUUUGAAGCUCUACAAUGAUGCCUUUUUGGACCCACAUGCCUCCAGAAGCUUACUGUCAUUGACGCGACUUGAGGAGCUUGUAAUGUUAUUCACUAAAGCUGCGAACGGAGAAUUGGCCAAGGUCGGGAAUACUUCCAAAACCAAAGAGGAACUCUAUAGCCAAGUUUGUUGUUUUCUGGAUACCAUAACUCAGCUUGCGACACAGCAAGAAAGCUCCAAGAGCCGAUUAGUGACUCGAAUUCACGAAUACAAGAAACAGUUUAGUAACCCCAAAUCGAUGGAGCCUCUUUUUUCAUCUUUGCCUAGUAAUGGCUCUAAUACCGAGCUUUCGGAACCCGCUGUCAAGCCUACGUUUAAGCUCUCUGACGUCGCACAUUCUGCUUACCUGAUGGAAUUGUUUAACAUGUCAGAAAUUGAGCUUCAGCAGAUCUUGAUUAAAAAUGUGAAUGAAACGAACAACUCAAUUUUCGGACGCUCCAUGCGAGCGCUGAAGGCUAAAGUUGCGCUUCAAGACAAUACAGAGUCCGCAUAUGCAUUUCCAAUUACAAAAUCAUUUGAAGAAUGGAAAACAAGCGAAAUGCAAGAGCUUGAUGCGUUAAUUGCGAAGUUUGGCCGUCACGGUGCCUCUGAAUAUGAGGCUACAGACCUUUCGCGGAGUAUCCCUGAAAAGGCGAGAGACCUUUAUACAGGGUUAGCACGUCUUAUACUCGAAAAGGAACUUUCUGCAGGCCCUGCGACUUCGAUACUGCCGAAGGAUGCCGUAUUUCUUCUAACAAAGUGCGCAUACUAUUGGAGAGUCGAUCUUUCAUCUACAAAAGCAACACUUUUGUAUACUGCAGCAAAUGCAGGUCCUUUGAGCGGUGAAACGAAUGCCUCCGAAAAGUUUGAAAUGCUCUUCAAAAUCAUAUCAACAAAAGCGUUGUCUAAAGAGGAAGAUCUGGGUUCCUUACCGACUUGGAGGAUCAUAGACCAGCAGGAAUGGAUGUCGAAUUUAACAAUAACUUUCGAGCAAUGUAUGAAUUCCAUUAAUCUGUGCUUAAGCGCUAUCUAUCAGAAGCUCAUGCCAAAAUUUUCACCGAUCCUAAGCAUUUACUACACAUACAUUGAACCUGGAUUUGAACUUUUGGGUCAUAAUAUUGCUGAAACAAAUCUUUUCAAAAAGCACUCCAGAAGGUUGCACCGCGUUUUGUUUAGAACGAGUGAGCAAUACUACGUGUCGUUAGUUAAAGGACUGCCAAGAGAUGGAUCACUGGAAAUCCACAACGUGAAGCAUAUUGCAGACCAAAUAUUAAAAAACCUUCAAGACAUACAAAAGAAGUAUAAGAAUCCACUGCUCGACCAAAUAAACCUUGCUUCCGAGUGUGCCAAAGUUCUUAUUGAAGCAUUCGGAGUAGACUGUUCGGCUAUGCUGGCUCAAGUUGAACGUUUCUCCAAAGCUGAGAACCAGAACAAAAUUCCUCUGUAUGAUGCUACGGAGACAUACAAAACUUUAAGGGAGCUUCGGGACGUCUACGCUCAAGUUCAACCGUCCAAGAAAUUUCCAUUCAAACUGGAAAAACACUUUCUCAAGUAUCUAUCUGAGCUUUGCGAUGACUGCUGCUCGGGUACUCUGGCUGUUGUCAAAACAGCCCUUGAGAAAGAAGAUUGGGAGCCUGCAGAUAUGUCGGAAACCUACAGCACAUCCGUAAUUGACAUUUUUAAAAUGAUUCACGAGUCAUUCGAUUUAUUUCUGAAGCUUGGAUGGGCCGACCAGUACCAAAUAUCUAAAAUUUGCACCUUUCUGCUAAAAUCUGUCGCAGAUGGCUUAAGUUACUACGCGAAUACAGUUGCAAACUUGGUGGAGAGUGAAAUGAACAUUAGCCAGAGCGAGGAAGGAGAAUUUGCGGAAACGGAAAACGAAAGAAAAGUCUUGGACGUAAUCUCGCAGACUGCGGCAGCAAAAAUGAAAAAUACAUGGUUAUACAGUGAAAUGAGAAGUGCAUUAAAGUCGAGUGAUGUUGUGAUUCCCAAGCCAUAUGAGUUUCAGAGUAAAACCUGCACAUGCUUAAACAACCUCAAUCAAAUGAUGCAAAUGAUCAGCGAUCUUGAAGAGCGCAUCAAUCCUGAGGAAAUGUCGAGUGUGGUGAACCAACACGAGCGGCUCGACGCAAAACGCCGAAUGAUGACGGACCGACAAAAUAAGGGACUAAAACACUUGUACACAGUCAAGAUUAUUCGUGCUGAAAAUGUCCAAGUGACAUCACACAACGCCGGCCUUCUGAGUACUGUUAGUAUCGUUGACGCAAAAAAUAAAAGAGAGGUUGCAAAAACUCGUGAGGUGCUGAAAGCGUCUCGUCCAGUAUGGAAUGAAGAAUUUGAAAUUGAAAUUCCUGUCAACGAUACGCGGCCAUUCAGUUUCAUUCUAUGGCACCAUAAGCCUAAGUCCGAUUCAACUUCCUCCAGAAUGUCUGGCAGGAGUUUCUUGUACUUGGAUCCGCAUAAGUUCAAAAAUGAUGGGUACCCUCAAGAUGUCUGCCUGAACCUCGAUACCCAUGGUCAGUUAUUUUUGCAGAUUUCUGUCGAGACAGAAAGGGUCGAUGCAUUGUUUGCUAUGGGCAGGGCUUUUAGGUCGUUAAGCCGCGCUCGCGACAGAUCUAUUGAGCUGAUGGUGAGCAAAUUCCAAGUUUUUGUGCAUUUUGCAUUCUCAAGGACUACUUUGAAGACAAUCUGCGGUGCCAACGGUCAAAUUCGCCCUAGCAAUACCGAAAUUUAUGAUUCAAUAGUUCCAUUGUUUGACUACUUGAACGCCAACUUGAAUAUUUUAGCUUCUCGUCUAUCUCGAGAAUUGCUCCACAAAAUUAUGCUGGAAGCCUGGGAGGAGAUAUUGAACGAAGCAGACGCUCUUUUACUUCCCUUUCUUUCAGAUGCGCCAAGAGCUUACCAACGAAGUGUGAAAAACAAAUCAAUUUGGGAAAAUGCUGUUGAUGUUGCUAAGCUUGGGAUGAGUGCAUCCUCGGGGUCUGAAAGACCCUUGACCCAGAUCGAAAUUGAUACUGUGUUUGAAUGGUUAAGAGCCCUGUGCAUAGAUUUUUUCCACAAUAAUGGAGAAGGACCGCCUUUAACAGAUUUAAAGAAUAUGCACUACCAGGCACUACUACUAAUCCCUGUAUUUUACGACAAAAAUGUCUCUGAGCUCAAGAACGAAGCAGACGCACUUAACAGAGACUACCGUAAGUCCAUGUUUGGUGUCAAUAAUAAUGACGCCGACGGGCCAAGGAGGGCUAACUCCAACUUAAGAAGAGCUAACACGCUUGCACGCAAAAGAACUAUUAUCGCGAAUUCUUCAAGGAAAAGAAGGCUUGAAGUUGACAAGGAGAUCAAAGCAUCUGAAGAAAACCCAGCCGAAAACAUAGUCUCCACUCAAGAUGUUAUUCUACGAAUUUUGAUUGCAAAAGGCGAAGCUGAAUUUGUGCUAGAGAGUUUAUCUCUCCGAGAAAGAGUUUCGAAAGCAUUGCGUACAGAGCAAAUAGUCAAGGCUGCCAAAAAAAGCUACUAA